AUGCUCGUUGGCGCCAAUGGCCGACAAACUUUCCAGAAAUGUUGGUUAUGGAGUGCUGGCGAGGAACAAAAGACCGGAUCGGGUCGAAAGACUCCUGACUACAACGCAUAUAACCCCUUAACUGACGGGCCAGACUUCGCCGCUUGUCCUGAGCUGCCGUCAGGGGAUGAGCUUAUCAGAGAUAUCCAGGCUUGCAAGGAGUAUAUGGAAGUUGGCAUCAUGUUCGGGAUGGACCCAACCAAGUUUCUAGCGGAGGAGAAGAAGAUCUCGCCCAAGUUGAAGAAACAACAGCAGGCCGCUCGAGGUAUUCAUCCCCGAGACCAGCACGCCAUGCGUAUCUUCACGCCCUCGUCGAAGCACAUUCCUACCCAAGCCAACUAUUUCGUUGGUUGCCGGUUUGACUCUGGGCCUCUCCAUCCUCGCCGAGUCCCAAUCUGA